GGCACGUGGAUGGAUGAGCGUUGUGAUGGUUUAGUAAGGUCUGGCUGGCGGUCUGGAGGAGGAAGGCGCUGAGCUCAAACUACGGAAGCUCGGCAGCGCCGGGGCCUUCAGCGCGCUCGCGGGCGCCUGAGCUUGCUAAAAUGGGUCGCCAUUCAUCAGACACUGAAGAAGAGUCUAAAAGCAGAAGAAAAAAGAAACAUCGUAGAAGGUCAUCUUCAAGCAGUUCCUCAGAUAGUCGAAGUUACAGCCAUAAAAAAUCUGGAAGAAAAUCAAGAUCACGGUCUCGAGAUCUCCAGUUUCGUUCACAUUCAUAUGAAAAAAAAUCACAUUCCAGACCCCAACAACGAUCCUACAGUCGCAGCAGCGAAAGAACUAGUCACAGGAGAACCCAUAGUGGGUCUCGUGAGAAAGAAAGACGUAAAGGCAGGGAUAAAGAGAAAGCAAGGGAGAAGGAAAGAUCCAGAGGGAAAGAGAAAGAGCAGCAUUACAACAAAAGUGGAGAUGCUGGAAACAUCAAAACUGGAUUAGAACAUCUGUCUGCUGCUGAACAAGCCAAAGCUAGACUACAAUUGGUCCUUGAAGCUGCUGCUAAAGCUGAUGAAGCAUUAAAAGCAAAAGAGAGAAGCGAAGAAGAAGCAAAGAAGAAAAAAGAAGAUCAAACCAGUCUUGUUGAGCAAGUAAAACGAGUCAAAGAAAUUGAAGCAAUUGAAAGUGACUCUUUUAUUCCACAGACAUUUAGAUCGAGCAAAGAAGUCAAAAAGGUCACAGAAUCUGCUGAUAUCAAAAAUGAACCUGGAAUUACAGAAGUUUCAAAUGCUGGUAUUGCUGUUACUGAAAAAGAAAUAAAGCCUGGAAUUAUUCCUACUGCUAUCAAAUACCAGGAUGAAAACUCACUUGCCCAUCCCAAUUUAUUUAUUGACAAGGCAGAAGCAGAAGAAAGAUGGUUCCAAAGGCUGAUGUCUCUUCGACAAGAGAGGCUAAUGGGCAGUCCUGUGGCUUGAGUGAAUUAAAUAACAAACAUACUUUCAUUGUGCGUUCCAUUGUAAAACAAUUCAUGACACAAUUGAAUGAGUAUAUAAAUAUUGCCUAGAGUGAGGGUGGAGUGAAGGGAAGUAUGAGAGGAAGUAUAUUUCUGGAAUCAGCCAACAGAUUUAUGUCAUAUUAAAGGUAUUAUAAAGACUAUACCAAACUAUUAAGAUUGAAUGUCCUUCACAAUUCAUUAAAGUCUAUGGAAAUUUACUAUUGCUUUGCAAAACAAUUAUUUGUAGACAUAUUUUAUGCCAUUUAUUUUCCUAGUGUAUUCCUGUUAUGCUUGAGAUUCAAACUGCUCUGCAUGUUAUUUUAUAUCUGAUGGGGCACUUCUGCUUCUCCCAAGGGCAGUUCCUCCCAAGUUCCUCCAUAUUGGCAGUUAUGUGUAAGAGACCUUAGCACUAACAAUGUCUUCCCACCUAAUAACGUUUUGUGACUGAAAGCUAGAACAACAAUGAGGAAGCAGUUGAAUGAGAAGUGAGAGUCUGGCAAUAUUAUUUAAUUAUACAAAUGACGAUAGACACUUUUUAAAUUAGUGUUCAGUGGAUAUAAUAUUCAAUACAUCUCUAGAUAUACUUCAGGUAGAAUGCAAAUGGGGAAGAAAGCUUUAUCUGUUGUCAUCAGAUUUUGUAAAAUCAAUAUACAAGAGAGGACAUACACAAGAUUUAUAAAUAAUGAAUUAUAUCCACCAAAAUAAAAAAGAGAAAACCUGACUCCUUAUUAGAAGAUGCUACUUGGUUUCAUGAAAUGCUACAUGGACAUGGGAAAAAAAUGAAUAUGCUGAAAACACACUUAGUAUGGAAAAUACACUGAGGGGGUGAGGAGGGGUCCAGUCUAUGCAGCUUCAUCUUUCUAGACAACAUCUAAAUAUUUGACUAAAAUGUGUCUUUUUAUUUUCCAUAUAUUGGUGAACAUAAACAUUUUCAAAACAUAGCAUUGCCAUGCUCUGUUUCAUCACUUCAAACAUCUUCUUUGUUACAUUAAAGCUGAGUAAAAAAGAAGAAAAUUGGUAAAGCAUCAGUGAAUCACCUGAAUCAUAAGUACUCUAUUCUUAAACAUAGAUACGUUGUUAAAAAGACUUACAAGAAGAAGAUUGAAGAAGGAAAACCAAGACAAAGCUGGUAACAAACAUUCACCCUCCCAGCCCAAGACUGAAAGGCCCUGAGUUAUAUAAUGAUAAUAAUAAUAGUAAAAUUGGAAGGGACCUUGGAGGUCAUCUAGUCCAACCCCCUGCUCAGGCAGGAAACCCUAUACAAUUUUGGACAAAUUGAUGUCCAGUCUCUUAAAAACCUCCAGUGUUGGAGCAUUCACAUGGAGGCAGGUUGUUUCACUGGUUAAUUGUUCUAACUGUCAGGAAGUUUCUCCUUAGUUCUAGGUUGCUUCUCUCCUUGCUUAGUUGCUAAAGUCCCUGCUGCUGUCUGUGAUGGAUACAUGGCUUCUAAAAUACCAAACAGCCAGAAAGCUAUUGAUUUUGGGAGGAUAUUAUAGCCACCUUUCAGCCAAACACGGGGCUAAGAGUGUAGGACAGUCAAACCUGCCUGUAAUAACAAGAAGGUGAAAAAGAGAGAAGGAAGUUUAUGAAAAUUCAGACGAACUGAAAAUAAGAUUCCUUACAAGAAUUCCUUAUAGAAAUAAGCACAUUGAUAAGUCAGUGUCAUAGAUGUUCUUCAGUAAGAGUUGGUAUUUUUUAAAGAAUAAGAUCUUCCCUGCAAGAAGUCAAGGGGAAAAACCCCUCAUUCUUGGUCUAUAGUCCACACACACACACACACACACUAAAUCCAGAUUUUUUUAAAAAAAUAUUAAUCAUGUAUUUUAAAAAAGAAAAAGGGAAUGAGUAAGCAAACAAAAGGAGAAAAUCUAGAAAAAUCUGGAAUUUUUAAAUCAAAUUUGUAUUUUAGUAUCUUUUUUCAAUAGAGUACAUAGCCUUUUAUUUAAAGCAAUCCAAGCAUUGCUAAAUUCUGAGGAAUAGAUUAUAUAAUGAUGCAGCCUAAACAUGUACACAAAGGUUGCUUUGGCCUUUGAAAUGCCUAAUAAAUGGAUUAAAUCAAUAACAAUGAAUUUGUGAAGCACAUGAGCAUCUUUCGUUAUUGUUGUAUUAUUGUCACCAAGUAAGUAGACUUCAUAGAAUCAGUCUGAAGACUCUUGAAAGAAAUUACAGUGUUCUUUAACAGUUCUUUAAAUGUUUAAUAUACUUAUUAACCUAAUACUUAGUAUUGUUUUCCCUUAAAAAUACUUACAUAAGAAAUAAUGAAUGUUGAUUAGUAUCAGCUUUAAGGAGCAACUGAAAGUCCAUGGCAAAAAUUUGCUUCAUAUUUAUGUAAAUGUAUUAAAAAAAUUCUGAGAACUACAUCAUAGGCCGCUGACCUCUGACACAAUAUAAUUUGUUGUCAUAUGAAGUACAUAAGCAUUAUUUAUUUACUGGUACAUUAUUGAUGAUGUCUACUUCAUGUAUGAUAGAUGGAAGGGACUUGCAAAUGGAGUGUGUCAAAAACCUAUAGAAAUCAAUAAUGAAUCUAACUGUACUUAGUUUCAUCUUAUUUUGAGAAGUUGUCACAUUUAGAAAAAUGAAAACAGGACAAAGUUGAUGCCACUCAGUUGCAUGCAGUUCACAACAUUUCUGUAAAAGGUCAAACCUGUGCUUAAAAGACAAACGUAUCAAUUUUAAUACAACAUCAAUGGGUUUCAAAAAUUAAUAAAGAAACUACGUAUAUGAAGUCUA